UCCUUUGGUGAUUGAAAUGACUAAGCAUAAAUCUUAAAAUGUCUGCCAUGUUAGUUUGUUUACUUGCGAUCAAACCGAAGUCGUAAUUUGCCUGGAACGCUUUCAGGUCGGAACUCGGAGAUUCCAACUGGGAAAUUUCCGAGUUAUGGGUGCCUGGAACGCAGCAUAACUCAUGGUCCUCCAGUCGCUCAGUGGUUACUAGGCAACCACACGGCCUCAGUAACGCAACACAGACGUUCGCUUCUCUGUGGGUAUCUUAGCCAAAACGUUACUAAUUUUGAAUACAAGAUCCGUCGCCCUCAGCCUGACGUAACAAGGAGACAACUCAUUGAAAGCUGCUGGAAAGAGAUAUCGAUUGCCUGACACAAGAAGUGUGAGAUUAAACAUCAUGUCUGUUGCCGAAGUUGAAGAAGAGUUCACAAAGCCUGUAGAAGAAAUUGAGACAGAGACACCCCUACGGUCUGGGCAGUCUCAAGUCUACUCUGCAACAAGAGAAACUCUUUUUCAUCAGAAGAUAAAUCAAACUCGGAGCCAUGCACUGUCUCUAGACUGGGUAUUUGGGAAGAAUCCAGAUCUUCCAGUCUUCAGCCUGCAAGACCAUGAUCAGCUGGUGAUCUUUUAUGCUGGAGCUCAUGUCGGGAUCAUUUACAAUCACACCACAAACUCCCAGCACAUACUCCAGGGUCACUGUAAUACCAUCUCAUGUAUAUGUGUAAGUGAGGACAGACGCUGGAUUGCGACAGCUGAGGAUGGCCGGAAAAGCACAGUGAUUAUAUGGGACUCCUACUCAGGCAUUCCUGUGCAAACACUGUUUGAUUGUCACCCUGAGGGGUGUGUCAUUAAAAUGGCAUUUUCAAGUGACACGAAACAUUUGGUCACCCUUGGGGCAGAGGAACAUCAGCAUGUGUGCAUUUGGGAUUGGACGAAUGAAACAGACAAGCUGGUGUGCUUUACGACACUCAAUCCUAGCUAUGGUUUUCACAAUUACAUCAUUUUUAAUCCAAGUGACAGCAGUCAGCUGCUCAGCAGAAGUGAAGAUCAGGUGACAUUUUACUGCACUGAGGAAGAUGGCAGCAGAAAAGGAGGACUACAGCAUUAUGCACUGAAGUUUGAUCAGCCUUCCUCCAAUCCUUCUGCAGCUGUCGACGUGCUGGGGGACUCUGUGUUUCACUGGAGUGAGCCUCAGAUUGUGACAGCGACUACAGGCGGUACCAUCAUAGUGUGGAAUAUGAAAAAAGACUUGCCUCCAGAGAAGAAUCCCAGAGAGGAUACAUUCUGGACUAUUCCACUUCAAAAACAUCCAAUCACUGUCUUCACCGUGGCUGACAGUUGUUUCGUCAGUUGUGAUACUCAAGGUCAUGUCAGGUUUUAUGACGAAAAAUUCAAGAUUCUCACUAAGUACACUGACCUACACCUGGAUGCUAUUGCCUCAAUUUCCUUUUCCAAAGAGUGCACAGAAGGAUAUUUGAAGCACAGCACAAUAAAUGAAACACCAUUUAUCUUCAGGAACUUUGUCGUGUCUACAUUCAGCUCCAAAGUCACACACGUUAAUGCUCUAACAGGCACCUCUCAGCUCCUCCUGGACGAGGACCAUGAGCAUCUCUCUGCAGUGGCCUGUCACCCCAAUCAGCCAGCUGUGGCUGUGGGGAAUCACAGGGGGGUUUUGAAAGUGUGGGACUAUAACAGCAAAGCACUCAUCUGUAGCCGAGUCUUUGAGACUGAAAAGCAGAUACAGUGCAUCUCCUUUGACCCUCAAGGCGUUUACCUGGCGGUUGGCUUCAGCAGUGGAGCUGUUCACAUACUGGAUUCCAUAACGUUGCAAAGUGAUCCAGAGGAGUGUUUCCAUUACAGUAAAGCAGCCAUUCAACACAUCACGUUCUCCACAGACUCCAAGUAUUUUGCUACAGCGGAUGUUGGAAAGGCAGUGACAGUGUUCUUGCUACAGUCUACUGAAGGUUUACUGCACCGUUGGGCGUAUUUGGGCAGAUACCAGUCUCACCACAAACCCAUUGUAGACCUUCUUUUUGGUGUUCACCUGGACAGCACUCUACCCAGGCUGCUCUCUUUGGGAAUGGACCGACAACUGGUGGAGUAUGAUCUGGAAAAGAGUGAUGUGAAUAAGCUUCUCAUCCUAAGCUCAGAGCGCAUUGAGCAAAGUGCUGUUCCAACAUGCAUGACUUGGUAUCCUCCUCUCAGCGCGGAGCAGUUUCUCCUGGUUGCCUCAGACCAGUACAAGAUGAAGCUUUUUAACAGCACCACCAAGAUGUGCAGAAAGACUCUCCUCGGCCCAACGUAUGACUCUCCCAUUAGGAAGAUAGACACCCUCCCUGUGUCCAAAGAACAAGAGACAAACUCUUAUUACCUAGCAUUCAUCACAGAGGACAAGUUGGGUCUCCAGAUUUUGCCCCUGGACGGGAACCCCUACAAGUCCAAUGCUUUAAUCUGCCAUCCGACGGGAGCAUCUACCUUUGCCUGCUCCUACGAUGGCCGAUUCAUCUUUACAGCAGGAGGAUCUGACUGCACCGUCAUGAAGUGGGAGAUAAACUUAAAUGCUCUGGAGGCAGCAGCUGCUCUGGGAGGAAAAGGCCUGGAGCCUUUUUAUAGUCUUUUAGAGGGAGGCAGAGAUGGCCAUUUCUUCAAGGAAAUGGAGGAGUUUUUCUUUUACUGCCAAAUCAAUCACCAAGGUGUUGACGUGAUGAAGAGACGAGUGGUGUCAGACAAAAUCCCCCUGUCAGAGGUGCCUUCUCUUGUGAGAGCUCUGGGCUAUUACCCUACUGAAAAAGAGAUAGAGGACAUGCAUAAUGAGGUCAAGUUUAGCAGGUGUGCAGAAACGGGAAAAUAUGUGACUGAAAUCAACCUGGAGGAGUUUGUCAAGCUGUACAUCAACCAUCGACCUGCCUUUGGCAUCAGCAUUGACAAAAUCCGUCAAGCUUUCUACAUCCUUGGUGGUCAAACAGGACGGCCUGUUCUGAAGAGGCAUGAGCUGAUAGAAGUUCUGCGGACUCAAGGAGAACGCAUGACUGAAGAGGAGGUGGCACAGUGUUUCACCACACUUCUACAACUCAAUGAAGAGGAAGAAGAGGAGGAGGGAGAAGAAAAAGAAAAGUCUAAACAUGACAUGGGUGGAGAGUAUUUACUGCAGAGUGCGAUCCCUGAUGAGAUAUCCGUGGAGACGUUUACCGAUUACAUCCUGGGUUUCCCAUCCUCUGAAAGAACCAAGCACAUCUUCCCCUCCAAGAGAUGAAAUCAUAAGACUACCUGCUGGUGUAGUAGAGGAUAGGUUGAUAAAGAGCCUCAGAUUCCACAACUUUUGAAAA